GUGGGAGAGGUUGUGAGACUUGCAGUGCUACCCAGUAUUGGGAUGGUGGGAGGGGUUGUGAGACUUGCAGUGCUACCCAGUAUUGGGAUGGUGGGAGGGGUUGUGAGACUUGCAGUGCUACCCAGUAUUGGGAGAUGGUGGGAGGGGUUGUGAGACUUGCAGUGCUAGCCAGUAUUGGGAUGGUGGGAUGGGUUGUGAGACUUGCAGUGCUAGCCAGUAUUGGGAUGGUGGGAGGGGUUGUGAGACUUGCAGUGCUAGCCAGUAUUGGGAUGGUGGGAGGGGUUGUGAGACUUGCAGUGCUAGCCAGUAUUGGGAUGGUGGGAGGGUUGUGAGACUUGCAGUGCUACCCAGUAUUGGGAUGGUGGGAGGGGUUGUGAGACUUGCAGUGCUAGCCAGUAUUGGGAUGGUGGGAGGGGUUGUGAGACUUGCAGUGCUAGCCAGUAUUGGGAUGGUGGGAGGGGUUGUGAGACUUGCAGUGCUAGCCAGUAUUGGGAUGGUGGGAGGGGUUGUGAGACUUGCAGUGCUAGCCAGUAUUGGGAUGGUGGGAGGGGUUGUGAGACUUGCAGUGCUAGCCAGUAUUGGGAUGGUGGGAGGGGUUGUGAGACUUGCAGUGCUAGCCAGUAUUGGGAUGGUGGGAGGGGUUGUGAGACUUGCAGUGCUAGCCAGUAUUGGGAUGGUGGGAGGGGUUGUGAGACUUGCAGUGCUACCCAGUAUUGGGAUAGUGGGAGGGUUGUGA